GAAAAUUGAUAGGAACGAUCCGAUCACGUGACAUACGCGCGAUAAUCACUGCGGUUGGGGGAAUGCAUUUAAAAUAGAAGGUGACCUCCAGUAUUCAGUUUAAUCACUUUAAUCGACACUGUUAAGGAAAGUUUUAUAUCAAAAAAGAAUACCGCAAAAAUGUCCGUGUUUUCCAAUGUUCAACAAGGUCCACCGAUCGAAGUUUUUGCUUUAACUAAAGCGUUUACUGAUGAUACUUUCCCUAACAAAGUUAAUUUAGGAGUCGGAGCUUAUAGAACCGAAAAUGGACAACCAUGGGUUUUGCCCGUUGUAAAAAAGGCCGAAAAGAUAAUAGCUGAAGAUGAAACUUUAACUAAAGAGUAUUUGCCAGUUUUGGGCCUUGAUAGUUUCACUGCUGCAGUUACUAAAAUGGUAUUAGGUGAUGAUAGUCCAGCUAUUCGUGAAAAUAGGGCUUUUGGGAUUCAAUGUUUAUCAGGAACAGGCGCUUUACGUGUUUGCGCUGAGUUUCUAUCAAGACAGUUGGGUUACAAAACUUUUUACAUUUCCUCGCCAACUUGGGAAAACCACACUUUGGUGUUUAAAAAUGCUGGUUUUCAUGAAGUUCGAACCUACAGAUAUUGGUGUGAAAAGAAACGCGGAUUAGACUUGGAGGGAAUGUUACAAGAUCUUAGAAACGCACCCGAACGUUCUGUCGUUAUUUUACACGCUUGCGCUCAUAACCCAACAGGUUGCGACCCAACCCCAGAACAAUGGGAGAAAAUCGCCGAUGUUGUCCAAGAAAAACAAUUAUUUCCCGUUUUGGAUACUGCAUAUCAAGGUUUUGCCUCUGGUGAUUUAGAUAACGAUGCUUAUACUAUUAGAUAUUUCGUUAAUAGGGGAUUUGAAACGAUGAUUUGUCAAUCUUUUGCUAAAAAUUUUGGGUUGUACAAUGAACGUGUUGGAAAUUUAGUAUGCGUUGUAAACAAUCCUUGUGCUAUUGUUAACGUAAAGUCUCAAUUUACCUUAAUUAUAAGAGGAAUGUAUUCAAAUCCACCAAGUCAUGGUGCAAGAGUAGUUAGUUUUGUCUUAAAUAAUGCUCAAUUAUACGACGAAUGGAAAGAGGCUAUUAAAACUAUGGCAUCUCGUGUUGUAAAUAUGAGACACGCUUUACGCGACGCCCUUGAAAGAUUCGGAACACCAGGAACUUGGAAUCAUAUCACAUCUCAAAUUGGAAUGUUUUCAUACACUGGUUUAACGGAAGAACAAGUCCUUCAUUUAAUUCAAAACCAUCAUGUUUAUUUAUUAAGAUCAGGAAGAAUAAAUAUGUGUGGUUUAAAUGCUUCAAACGUGGAAUAUGUCGCAAAAGCUAUACAUGAUGCUGUUACUGCUUAUCCAAGGCAAAAACUCUAAUCAUUGAUACUCACUAAGAAGAUAUGAACAAUUUGAACAAAAAAGUUGCAAAUUUUAGUUUUCUACUGCAUUUAUUGUUAUAAUAAAAUAUAUACUCAAAUUUGUUAA